AGCCAAAGAGCCUAUAUAUAGAGGGACAAUGCUCAUUGUCUGGGUCGGUGGGCAGAGAAGGUGCGUCGCUUCAAAAUGGCCCCCAAAAUGGCACGGCACAAGAAGGAAGGCGGCAGCUCCAAUGUCUUCUCCAUGUUUGACCAGAGCCAGAUUCAGGAGUUUAAAGAGGCAUUCACCAUUAUGGACCAGAACCGAGACGGCUUCAUAGACAAGGCUGACCUCAGAGACACAUUCGGUGCACUGGGUCGCCUGAAUGUCAAGAACGAAGAGUUGGAAGAGAUGAUCAAGGAAGCCCCGGGUGCCAUCAACUUCACCGUCUUCCUCACAAUGUUUGGGGAGAAGCUCAAAGGCACAGAUCCCGAAGAGAUAAUUUUGAAUGCUUUCCGGGUGUUCGACCGAGAAGGAAAAGGUUACGUCAAAGCAGACUACAUGAAGGAAAUGCUCAUGACGCAGGCGGACCGGUUCACCGAUGAGGAGAUCAAGCAGACGUUUAGCGCUUUCCCGCCGGAUCCUUCCGGGAACCUUGACUACAAGAACCUUGUUUACGUCAUCACCCAUGGCGAGGAGAAGGACUAAGUGGGGCGGAGAGUCGCCAUCCGGUGGCUUCCCUUCAUGAGCCAAAGCCUGGAAAACGGUCCACAUGAGAUUAAAGCUGUUAUACAACCUUC